AUGGACUCCCUUAUCGACUUAUCGGACCCCUCCAAGGCGCUGGACCUGUCCCGCAUCCGGUACCAGUUGAUCCGCCUUGAGGACACAAUCACCUUCCACCUCAUCGAACGAGCCCAAUUCGCUCUCAACAAGACCAUCUACGUCCCCGGCGCAUUGGAUAUCCCCAACAGCGAGCUCAGCUUCAUGGACUGGUACCUGCGCGAGCAGGAGAAGCUGCAGUCCAUCAUCCGCCGCUACGAGUCCCCCGACGAGUACCCCUUCUUCCCGGAGGCCCUCCAGAAGCAGAUCCUCAAGCCCCUGCACUACCCGCGCAUCCUGCAUCCCAACGACGUCAACGUCAACGACAAGAUCAAGAAGUUCUAUGUGGAUACCUUCCUCCCCGCACUCUGCCCCGAUUUCGGCCGAGAGGACCGCGGCGAGUCCCAGGAGAACUACGGCUCCUCGGCAACCUGCGAUAUUGCCUGCCUGCAGGCCCUGUCACGCAGGAUACACUUUGGAAAGUUUGUCGCCGAGAGCAAGUUCCAGUCGGACCCGGAAAAGUACACCGCGCUUAUCAAGGCCGAGGACCGCGACGGCAUCGGCGCCGCCAUCACCAACGCCGCCGUCGAGAAGAAGGUCCUCGAGCGCUUGCGCCUCAAGUGCCUCACCUACGGCACCGACCCAUCCAUCGGCGCGGGUCCCGAGAACCAGGCCAAGAUUGACGCCGACUCCGUGGUCGCCCUGUACAAGGAUUUCGUGAUACCCCUGACCAAGGAAGUUGAGGUAGAGUACCUGAUGCAAAGACUAGAGCCGGUAGAGUAG